GAUUCCCCCAUUUUAUUUCCAACUUCCUAGAAUCUGUUCCUCUUUCAUCUCAAAUGAUUUUUUACUGUGAAAGAAAGCACAAUAUUUCAGUUGUGAAAGUUGUGUCUGCAAAGAAGUAGGAAGUUAAGAUAUAUUCUCUUCAAACCUCAAGAUGCAGGCAGACGCGGUAGGACCAAGCGAAGACUUCAGAUUGACAAUUAAACGAAUAUCUGACGAUUUAGACUCGGACGAAGUUUUGACGCUAAAAUAUCUCUGCAAUGAUAACAUCCCAAAUAAACGACUGGAAGAGAUCAAGACAGGGCUUGAUCUAUUUGAUGUUUUGUGCAAUAAAAACCUGGUGACAGCAGAAGACACUAAGUACCUUGCGGAAUGUCUGUAUACGAUACGGAGGGCAGAUUUACUGCGGAGUCAUCUGAGGUUGACAUUUAGUGAUGUGAAGCAGUUGAUGAGUAGUAGUGGACCGUUGUUAGAUCCAUUCAGAGUGAUGAUCAUGAAUGUAAUUGAGUGUAUGGGCAGCAGCGAGGUUAAGGAGCUCGCGUUCUGCUUGGCUGAAUACCUGCCCAAGAAGUACACCAAAUAUACAUCAGGUUACACUCUUCUGAUGGCCCUGGAACGCUGUGGGCAGCUUGGACCAGAUAACCUCGACAUGUUGGAGCAUCUCGUUGAAAAGACCGUGGAAGACGAAAGUGCCCUGUUGGACAUUCGGGAAUAUAAAGCAAAACGGCGCCUGAUGAAUUCCCAACAGCAAGUAGAUCCCACAACCGCUCUGAAGCUAGUCAUACGGCCCACAGAACCUCCACUUGUGAAACUUAUAGAGACCACAUCCCCUCAGAAGCUGGUCAUAGAACCACCCACACAACCGCGACGUGUGGAAGUGCAAAGCAGAACAGGAGCUGGUGAAAAUGGUGGUCCACUGUCAGCUGGGCCGAUGCAGUGCGGGCAAAAACUUGGGCAGCUGCCGUUUGGUGAUGAUGAUUGGGUAGAUUCCACCUGUUCUGGUGCGUGUGGUGAGGCCCAGGCAGAGAAACCAGGCCCAGCUGAGGCUGUGGGUGGAAAGAUUAACCUACCAAAUGACCCAUAUCACAGAGAGAUUGACGAGAAGUUACCAUCACUACAGGACGAGGCUGGACGUGUCACGAUGAGGAAACGCCCUGAACGCCCAAGGGAGGAGGAUUGUUGGAACAUAGGAGGAGCCACUGGCGGACAUGAUGACAUUGAGCCAUCCGACUUGAAGAAGCAACAGGAGAAUGACAUUAGUAGUUUUGAAGAUGCUACCAUGGCAACAGGUCAUCAAAGAGAUGAGAAUGGAAAAGCACACUUAUUCCUUCCACCGAAUACGCAUUGGCAACCUGCAGAACCUGCAGCGAUACAAACCAAGCGGGAUCCAAUGCUGCCAUCUUUUUUAUAUGAGCCUGAACUUGUUGGAUCUGUAGGAACCCAACCCGGUGAACUUGAUCUGGCACCGCCUGAUAACGAGCCAGUUGUUGAAGAGAAUGAAGUAGCUUUGCCCAGCAUGCUGGACAACUUUCAUGGAGAUGAGGAUGCACAUCCGACUGAGGCUGACGAGCUAAGCAUCCAUGCACCGCCGACGCAGAGUGACAUACCAGAGAGCCUUGAAGACAACAACCCCAUGCCUUCUCUCCCAGUGCUUGAUAUCCCAGUGGGAGGAGAACAUGUCGGGAAAAAAAAAUUUGAAGAAAUGGAGCUUGAACUGCAGAAAUUGCGUGAAGAAAUCGACAAACAUGAAAACGAUAUGCCAUCCUACAAGAUCAAGUCCGACCCCCGUGGCAUCUGCAUUAUCAUCAACAACGUGAAGUUCCAUAAAGCCCCUGGUGGAAGAUUGUUGAAGGAGCGCCACGGAAGUGAUGUGGAUCAAGAGAAUCUUCGCUUCAUCUUCUCGAAGUUGAAGUUUAAGAUUCAAACAUAUCAAAACCUUACCAGAGACGAUAUCAUGGGGGUUGUUAAAAAGGCAGCUCAUCAGACGGACCACUCUGCAUAUGAUUGCUUCGCCUUCUGCAUCUUGACUCAUGGCUCGAAAGGGAACCUGUUUGGUGUGGGUGGCUUGCCUGUUGAUGUCCUCACAAUUACCGAAAACUUUAAAGGCCUAAACUGCCCGACACUCCAAGGGAAGCCAAAGUUGUUCUUCAUCCAAGCCUGCCAGGGCAACACCAACCAAAUUGGGUUCCGAACACGUAUUGCGGAAGACAGUGAUAAUGGUGGUGAGACACCAUCCCUUCUCCCAAAUGAGGCUGAUUUCCUUAUCGGCUAUGCUACACUACCUGGCUUUGUCUCGUACCGGAGUGAGACUCACGGAUCGUGGUACAUCACAAUGUUGGUGCAGAUGUUGGAACAACAUAGUGACAGACAUGACCUGCUCAGCAUCAUGAUCAAGGUCAAUGAAAUGGUAGCUGAACAAUUUGCACUGAUAGGCGGUGGGAUCUACAAACAGAGUCCAAUGCCACAGCCAACACUGCGUAAGAAGGUUUUCCUCAGAGCGUCAGAUUAGUGACAUUGGAGCAUUCUCUUCGCUCUGAAAGAAUGGCUCCUUUGGCCAAAGUCAGCAAGUCAUCAUGUAAAUAUAUUCACCUAAGUGCCAUAGACAUGCUGGGGUGGCACAUAUUCUAUAGACAGUGUACAGUUUGUCCUAAGCCACGCUCCUUGUAUAUAUGUUCAACAGAGUGAUAUCAAGGCCUAGAUGUGUUUUAAACUGAAGAUUGUAGAAGCUCCUUGUAUGUUCAACAGAGUGAUAUCAAGGCCUAGACAACUGAAGAUCGACUCUUGGAUAUCAUCUGUCUGGGAAGUUACCCUGAAGAAAGUUUAAACAUAUUGGCCAUUUGUUAGGAAGCUGUCAAAUGAAGGGCACUGGAUGCUGCCAUUGAUGAAGUGAUUGAUUGGGAUUUAUAUCAUUAUGUCAUUAUAAAAGGAACAAAAUAUUACUCCAGUAUUAACACAAAGAUUAAAGAUGUUCAUGUAUACAUUAACCCAACCUUUGGAUCAUAAGGGAAAUAAUAGCCCUUUGGCAAAAUAUUUGAGUAAUCAAUGAUGGCCAGUUCAUUGAUAAUUGAUUCAGGAAUCUUUACUCUCAGUUUUUUUGCACCACUAAGAUGAGAUGCAAGAGCACUUGACAAAGUGUCUUUGGCCUGUACAAGGGAAAGGAAAGAGCAUCUUUAAUCUUGGUUUCAAUGGAAGUUCAUGUUGAAGCCUGUGUAAGAUAAUAACGAUUAUAUUGUCAAUGACAUGUUGUAAAUAGAAAUGUUAAUAAAGCAUGUAUUGUCAAA